AUAACAAUUGAGACAAGAAGAAACUAAAAAGAUAAAAGAAAUUAGGCCAUGGGAGGAGUUAACAAGAGCCUCAACUUUAGUCUCCUUAUACUAUUCUCCAUCUCCUUGGCCAUCUUCACAAGUGCUGCUGAGCUCGAGUGUAUAUACGGGGUAUACGUGCAAACGGGCUCCAUCAGGCAGGCCGGGACCCACUCCAGGAUAAGUCUGAGCCUAUUUGACGCGUCCGGAGCCCAAGUCAUGGUUCCCAAUCUCGAAGACUGGGGCCUCAUGGGCCCAGGCUACAACUACUUCGAGACUGGGUACCUGGACCUGUUUGGAGGGAAAGGUCCGUGCCUAAAGGGGCCUGUUUGUGGACUGAACCUCACUUCGAAUGGGUCCGGCCCAUACCACGCGUGGUACUGCGAGUAUGUGGAGGUGACCACAUUUGGAGUCCAAAAGCAGUGCUCUCAGCAGAGUUUCGCGGUGGAGCAGUGGCUGGCAACCGAUCGGGAGCCCUUUACACUGACGGCCAUCACAAACAAUUGCUUAUCUAACCGGGCUUAUCGAGGGUCCUACAUGCGUGGUUUGGGCUCGGCUAGGUUUUAGACUUUAUAUAUUGCUUGGGUCGGGUUGAAACUGUGUUGAUGAUGUUUUUAGUUGUUUUGUUUGAUGGGUGUGUGUUUUUGUAUAAUGUACUUGUUCAUGAGUUCAUGUGUCUAGUGAAGUCAUGGAAUGGAGUUUUAUUUUAUGGAUUAAUAAAAGGUAUAAAUCCCAAGCGAUUUUGAAUCAA